CUCAGUCACUCCUUUAAAGUUACUCAGUUAUUUCUUCAAUAUGGUUACCUUCUCAGGUCUCUUCUUGGCCGCUUGUGCUCUCACAAGCGCCUUCGCAGCUCCCACUGAUAUCAACGUGACCAAGCGAGCUAUCACUACAAGCCAGACUGGAGAAAACAAUGGCUAUUACUUCUCCUUCUGGACUAAUAAUGGUGGUACUGUCCAGUAUAACAAUGAAAAGAAUGGUGAAUACAGUGUGUCUUGGGAGAACUGCGGCGAUUUCACAUCUGGCAAGGGCUGGAGGACUGGCAGUGCCCGCAACAUCCACUUUGCUGGAGAUUUCAGACCCUCUGGAAAUGCCUAUCUUGCCGUGUAUGGCUGGACUAAGGGCCCACUUGUCGAAUACUAUAUCUUGGAGAACUACGGAACCUACAAUCCCGGCCCUAGCAUGACCUAUAAGGGAUCUUUUACUAGUGAUGGAUCAGUCUAUGAUAUCUACACCCACCAGCAGGUUAACCAACCCUCUAUUGCUGGCAAGACCACCUUUAUGCAGUACUGGUCUAUCCGCCGCAACAAACGCUCGGAUGGAACCGUUACCACUGCCAACCACUUCAAUGCUUGGGCUUCUCAUGGAAUGAAGCUAGGUGCUCACGACUACCAGAUUCUUUCUACCGAGGGCUUCUCGAGCAGUGGAUCUGCUCACAUGUCUGUUUGGUAAACGUGAGCGUGAGGGACUUGGGGACUCUGGGUCCGGUAACCUAGAGUGAGCCAUGGAAAACUUCGUGUUUGAUCUGUACAGGGGCUCUUGGUAUACCAGGCAGGCAUAUUGGGACUCAUGCAAGACCGCCAAGUAAAUCUCCAUUCUUUUAUUUUCUUUGAGCGCAUGCUACGCAACAACCUCACCAAAAUCUUGCCAUGCCUUUCCCUCCACGCUCUCCACGCGCCCCUCUGAUUGCGGUUUAGGACAUUCCCUUCUUGGACUUGGUUGUUAUCAUAGUCGGCCUGCUUUUGUAGAAUAUAACUAUCCGGCUUAUAUAUUUUUGUUCCCUCCCUUUUGUUUUAUUCGCUUCGUCUUGCAUUGCUGGCCUACCUGUUUUCACUAGCACUUCCUUCAACCUUUUAUUGGUUAGGUUUGUAUAACCUCACCAAACCGCUACUGCUUUCGACGCGCUUUUACUAUAAUAUACAAGGCCUUGUUAUUCAU